GGUCGAUCACAAGCAGUUCUCCAGGAUGACGGUCCUUACUACCUUGGUGGUCACUGUUGCGGCAGGCUUUACGGCCUUGUCAAGUUCUUCUCCGCUCGAGAGCAGAGCUGCCCCCGAUGUGUCCAACGCAAAGACGUCCUUGACGCUCAUCUACCAAAACAACCUGAACGCCUCAGACGACAAGAACCACAUUGGCGCCAUCAUCCUCGACGCGGUGCCCCAAGCCGAUGCCGCCGCCGCGUGCGCCGCCCUCAACGAGAAGUUGAUUUCGAAAGCCACGCUGCAGAAAUACGAGGACGAUUUCAACAACGCGCUUUCCUACCAGGACUACGCGAAGUACUCUGACUCGGAGAGGGGGUACUAUAUUGAGGGUGGAAUCGUCUCGGUCGGUAAUCGCGUCAGCUAUUCCUCCAAGUCAGGACAGCGCAAGCCGCUUCCAGUGUUGUGCACGCAGUCGGCCAACAAUGGGGCUGCGAAUGCGGCGCUGGUGGAAGGCACUCAGGUUACCGUAAAGGCAGCAGAUAACACCAUCAUCGGGUACCGCAACCAGAAGUCCUUCCGCUUCCUGGGGAUCCCCUACGCCGACAAACCGCAGCGGUUCAAGUACCCAGUACCCUAUUCCAAGAAGGGCCAAACCAUCCAAGCAACAGCAUACGGAUCGUCAUGCGCCCAGGGGAGCUCGGGAAGCGAAGACUGCCUCUUCCUCAACAUCCAGACGCCCUACAUCCCCAAAGCCAACUCGAAGACGCACCUCCGCCCCGUCCUCUUCUACAUCCACGGCGGCGGCUUCACCGGCGGCACGGGCUCCGACCUGGGCUCCGACGGCGGCAACCUCGCCAGCAAGGAAGACAUCGUCGUCGUCACCAUCAACUACCGCCUCUCGACCCUGGGCUUCCUCGCCAUCCCGGGCACCGACAUCAAGGGCAACUUCGGCAUCGCCGACCAGAUCGCCGCCCUCGACUGGGUCGUCGCGCACAUCGCGGCCUUUGGCGGCGACCCUAAGAAAAUCACCAUCAUGGGCGGCUCCGCAGGCGCAGGCUCCGUCCGCGCUCUCCUAGGCUCGCCCAAAGCAAUCGGCAAAUUCCAGGGCGCGAUCGCGCACUCGAAUCUCGGGGGCGGCGUCGCGCUGGGUCUGUCGGGUGACUACGGCACCACGUACUCUUCCUACUAUACGGUCGAGCAGUCGUACCAGGUGGCGGGACCCCAGAUCUUCGCCGCCGCGGGGUGCACCAGCACAAACAUGCAGGAGCAGAUUGCGUGCCUGGAGAAAGUCCCCGCGGCGCAGAUUGUCCAGUUCGACACCGUGGCGCGAUACGUGGUGCAAGACGGCACCAUUGUGAAUACGCCUGAGCUCGUCCUGUCGACGCGCAACGCCAGCACCGCACACGUGCCCGUCAUCUUCGGCAUCACGCACGACGACGGCGCGUCGUUUACCAGUUACCCGAAAACCGGCGUGGCGAGCCACCUGGAAGGUUUGCAGAAGGAGCUGGGAAUCAACUCGACGUGGGCGCAGCGCAUCAUCGAUUCGAAUCUCUUCCCCUUCACAUCCACGGGCAAUCUCACCCUUGACUCGUUCAACGUCAGCCAGCGCGUCACGACGGACAAAAUGUUCCGCUGCGUCGACCAGGCGACCGUCUUCGCCGGCACGCAAACCCGCGCGUUCCAGAAAGCGUACUACUACCAACUCGACCGCACCAUGGACGGCUACGACCCCAACGCCCUCGGCGGGCCCCGCAACGACGACCCCAAGAAUCCGUAUUUCAGGUUCCACGGCGCGGACGGGCCGUGGCUGUUUGGGAAUCUGCCGCGCAUACGGGAUGCCGAGGAUUUGUCGUCUGUGCAGCUGAGUACGAGUUUGUUUGGGGCGUUUGUGAGGAGCGGCGAUCCGAAUCCGGAUUUGAGGUAUUUGGAUCAGAGGGGGUAUGGGAAGGUGGUCGAGGGCGUGAGGAGGUUUGGACGGUGGAGUGAGGUGGGUGGUGGGAGGGGGAGGGAGGUCAUGGUGUUGGAUUGGCCGGGUAGGAGUACGGGGUUUGUGGAUACGGAGCAGUGUGCUUGGUUGGGGUAUCCGUUGGAUUAUUAUUUGAAGGGGGGUGUGUAG